AGCUAUCAAUUUCAUCGUUAGAGUAAGACUGAACAGUUUUAAGCGUUACUUUUCUUCAAGAAUCAACGGGUAGGAGGCUGAGAUAUCUUCAAAAAUAAUAGAGGACAGGGGUAUGAAGACACAGGCAAAGAGGGAGCGGCGACUGCGGUUCGCUGCAAUCGUUGCUUUGGCUGGGGUCGUAAUAGUAUUGAUAGCAGGGAUGAUCUUGAUUCAGGAAGAAAUCACAAACUCGAGAGGCACUGUCGCAGGUGACGCGAGUGACGAUGAUAACAAAGCACGGGAUACUACCCCCCUGACUGAGGAAGCAUCCACGUACGAAGAGGUAACUAAAGGAAGGCACAAGCGGUUGUCCAGAGCUUUGAAACAAGGAGCACAGCGAUGUAAGCCUGGCGGCCGAUGCGAAGAGAAUAGAAUUUCUCUCUGCAGGAGAUCAUCGAAUGACUUGGUAGUGUUUCCAAACCUUCUAAAUCACCGAACACAAGAGAAGGCUACGAAAUUUCUUACAAAGUUUGAAACACUUCUAAACAGCAACUGCUCUCCCUUUCUCAGAUAUUUUCUGUGUUCUUUAGUGGCACCUCCCUCUAAUGGCCUCCGAAGGCCUAAUCCACCAUGCAAAGAGCUCUGUAUUAAGGCAACAAAGCCAUGUGGACAUCUUUUAAAGAAGUUUCGACUUCAGUUGCCACCUGCCAUGCGAUGCUCCCGUUUACCACCAAAAGGUGCAUCAAAGUGCUACAAUGGACCACAAGCUUCCAAAUGCUUUCGAAUGACGGUAGAUCUUUACCAAAGACAUCCAUGUGCUUCAUACGUUCCACCUUCGUUUCUUCAGUUUCCAAACUACUUUGGUCACAUGGACGCAGAAACAGCUUCUGAUGGCUUCGGAAGGUUUAGACGAAUCCUUGACACUGCCCUAAAUGACUGUGCGCUCUUAUUAUCGCGAUUCUUGUGCAGUCUAUAUGGCCCUACUUGUAGGAAAAUGGUUCUUCCCGUUCCCCCCUGUAGAGAACUUUGCCAACAAACGCGGACACGAUGCCAACGGGUCUUCGAUCACCUUCACUUUAAGUGGCCCCUGAAUCUUAAUUGCCAGCAAUUUCCAAGGAAAGGAGAAGUGCCUUGCUAUGAUGGACCUUCAACCGGAGUGAUUGCAAAGCCACAACCAGGCAAAUGUCAGUCCUUAUCCAUUCCUUUCUGUAAGAACGUACCCUAUAACAUGACGACAUUUCCGAACUUCUUCAUACACACAACGCAGGAAGAAGCAUCUCUCGAAGUUCAUCAACUUUGGCCACUUGUUGACAGGAAAUGUUCACGUGACGUGGAGUUCUUCUUUUGCUCCUUGUACGCUCCGAUGUGCACCACUCUAGACACGCCUCCAUUACCGUGCAGGGAGCUCUGCCUUCGAGUUAAGCGUGGGUGUGCUGUGGUACUGAAGGUGUUUAGAAGAAGAUGGCUUUCCACGCUGGCAUGCGAAAAGUUUCCGCUUCGAGAAAGUGGAGAGGUGUGCGUUGACAGACCCCAGGAAACCAGCCAACUCGCAAUUUCACAAUCACAGAAAAGGGGAGGGAAGUGUGAGGCGUUAGCUGCACCGAUUUGUAAAGAUGUCAACUACACAAUGACAAUGGUUCCUAACUUGUUCAAUCACAGUACUCAAGAACAGGCCGCCUCUGAAAUUCAUCCUUCCUUCUAUUUUGGUUUGCGUUGUGAGAGCCGAGAGAUGACCCUUUUCGUGUGUGCUCUUUAUUUUCCUCCAUGUGGAAUGCCGUACCAGCCUUGCAGAGAGCUUUGUGAGCGAGUGAAACGUCGAUGUCUUCCCAACAUUGAACUGUAUGGUUACCCUUGGCCAGAGGAAAUCGACUGUGACGAAUUCCCCUCCGCAGGGAGUGGCGGCAACUGCAUUGGAGCUCAGCCACUUAUGCCACCAACAACCAGUUCAACAGUUCAACUCGAGAACAGUUAAACCAGCCUCGUCGCAUUUUAUAAAUGUUGGGAAAUGUAGCCUAAGUUCUCCAAGUCUGCUAUUCACAAUCUAUUUGAAUCUCCUUUGUCCUUGUACUUUCUCGAGAAAUUGUAACCUCUCUUAUGUUUUGAGUUUGCUUUUCUCCGUUGCGAAAGCAAUUCAAUGAUCUGGAAUUUCGCUAUCUAGAACCUUGUUGGAUUGAUCCCUCUCGUUUCAACCUAUGUUUUGCCAACUUUUGCAGCACAAAAUAGAUUAACUAAGCUUCCUUUCCUGAUUACUCAGGCAACAAAUAGUAAUAAUUGGUGGAUCCAGGUCAUAAGUUUUUAGAACAAUUUUUUUUUCAAGCUCUCUCUUCUAUUAAGCAACUUUUUUUUCCUGCGCCAAGGGUGGCUACUUGGUGGUCUUAAUAAGGUUAACCGUUGGCCAUAAAACGGCCAAGAAAUUUAGCCUUAAGGCAAAAAAAAUUGACAAAUUUUCACCUUUAGUCGUAAAAAAAUUCACUGAAAUUUUUUUCCUGGUGACAACAAUGGAAAGACAUCAACCGUUAGCUGUAAAUUGACCAAAAUCUAAUCGUUAGCCGUGAAAGGCAUCACCCCAUUGAGAACCUCUUACUUCCAAGAUUCGAUUGUAUUUUGCACUGGUUUUUUGCGAGAACUAAAGUUUGUAAACAAGAUUUAUUUUCCUAUUAUAAAAUUCGUUAAAUUCUCUCCUUCAUCCAAUAAAAUUGAUGGACAAACCACCCAAGCAAGUACUAGAAGAAUUAUUGACAUACAAUCAACGGCAAUUCCGAUAGGAAUGUAUACAUAAAAUUUUUCGGACCCAUUUCGGCAUAAACACGUUCAGCUUUAACAUAAGGACAUACAUUCUUAGAGGAGAGAGGGUACACCAUCCUCUAUAACUCAAGGCUACUUUCUUUAACCGGCUCAAUUCAAUAAAUCAA